GGGGGCUCCGGCCCGGGGCUGCCUGGACGGGAAAGGGGACACGGGCGGGGCUCCCCCAGCUGACCUCCCGCCCCACACGCCUGGGCCCCCCACCCUCACGCCAGGACCCCUCUGCGGUGCAGGACGAAGGAACCCUGGCCUCAGUUUCCCUACAGGCUGGGAUCAGGGCCCUGGGGCUCCGACUGGCUCAGAGGGGCGGCCUCGCUGCGGCGGUCUGGAGGCGGGGCCUGGAGGGCGGAGGCGGGGCCUGGAGGGCGGGGGCGGGGCCUGCACUCACUUCCGCCCGGCGCGCUGGCUUGGAUGGAAGCGGCGCGGAGGCCGCGGCUGGGGCUGAGCCGCCGGAGGCCGCCGCCAGCGGGCGGGCCUUCUGGCGGCCGCCCCUGGUUUCUCCUGGGGGGUGAUGAGCGGGAGCGGCCCUGGGCCGAGCUGCUGCGCACGGUGAGCCCAGAGCUCACCCUGGACCACGAGGUGCCUCCACUGCCCGCCUUCCCUGGACAGGAGCCCAGGUGCGGCCCGGGGCCCACUGAAGUCUUCGCUGUCGGUCCCAAGACCUUUUCCUGGACACCGUUUCCGCCAGACCUGUGGAGCCCGGGCCGCUCCUACCGGCUGCUUCGCGGGGCAGGAGGGCACCUGGAGUCCCCCGCCAGGUCCCUGUCCCAGCGCCCGGCACCUGAUCCCUGCAGGGCCCCCAGGGUGGCGCAGCAGCCGUCCGUGGAGGGUACUGCCCUGCGCAGCUGCCCCAUGUGCCAGAAGGAGUUCGGCCUCAGGCUGACCCAGCUGGAUGUUGACAGCCACCUGGCCCAGUGCUUGGCGGAAAGCACAGAAGACGUGAUGUGGUGAGCCCCAUCCAAGGAGCCCUGCGCAGUGUGCGACGCCCGGAGGCGCCCUCCCCCUGCAGAAGCCCCUCCUCUCAGCUCUCCAGCUUGUGCAUUAAAAGGGCGGGCGCCUGUCUCUGUCUCUCUUCGUGUUGUGAUG